AUUUAACCUGCUGACGAAAAUAAAGGUUUGACGUAGGCGGCAACUUGACAGACAAUGCGCACGAGACACCGGUUUCAGUCUUUAUAAACGCGGUGAGCACAAGGAUCCAGAGUAGCCGAACUCACCGGACCUGCAGACAACGACAGCGUCAGGACUCCGCUCAUCUUUCCUUCCCAUCAUCCAGAGAUAGAAAGAAAGAAACCCCCCUACCGACCUCCGACAUGUACGGCCACAGCAACGGGAAGGUCAACGACACCGUGGAGGAGUUCCACCGCAACAACAGCUUCAAAGACCUCGUCAUCGACACCAAGAAGUCCGCCGAACAACGCCAGCACGGGACGUCCCACAAAGAGGACGCGGACGAGUCCCGCUUACCUGCGCUCGAGGCCGCCUACACGAGCAUCCUGCGGGAGCUCGGAGAGGACGCGGGCCGCCAGGGGCUGUUGCGCACGCCGCUGCGCGCAGCCAAGGCCAUGCAGUUCCUCACCAAGGGCUACCACGAAACCAUCGAGGACAUCUUAAACAACGCUAUAUUUGAUGAAGACCAUGAUGAGAUGGUGAUUGUGAAGAAUAUAGACGUGUUUUCACUCUGUGAACAUCACCUGGUUCCCUUUUUUGGCAAGGUUCACAUCGGAUAUAUUCCCAACAAAAAAGUGGUGGGGUUGAGCAAGCUGGCAAGGAUUGUGGAGAUCUUCAGUCGGAGGCUUCAAGUUCAAGAGCGUCUAACCAAGCAGAUUGCUGUAGGAAUAUCACAGGCUCUGGAGCCGAAAGGUGUUGCUGUGGUUAUUGAAGCAGCGCACAUGUGUAUGAUCAUGCGUGGUGUCCAGAAGAUGAACAGCCGUACAGUGACGAGCACAAUGUUGGGGGUUUACCUGGAGGACCCAAAAACCAGGGAAGAGUUCUUGGCUCUUUCAAAGAGCGCCUAACAGAUGUCAUUCCAUGCAGGGCUUCUGUAGCACCUCGUAAAGGUCCGGCAUAACAGUAGAUCUGCGUUUGACUUUAAAGAGCACAUACAAGCUAAUAACAGGAAACAUAAGGCUGCUGUUUGAUGCAGGAUCCAAACUGGAAAUUUCCCUCCAGCUGCAGAAAUCCAUCACUGUGAAGUUUAUAGGAAAUAUUAUAUUCCUGUUCUUGGUGCCUUUGGCAGAUAUUUUACAUUUAAAGUCUUAUAUUGAGAUGUUGUUGCUAAUAAUUAUGGAAUAUGAUUUUGGCACAUGCCAAUACUGACUUUUUUUUAAAUGGGAAUGUCAUUGGUGCAUUCUCAAAGUGGAUAUUUUACCAUCCCUCACUUUAUUAUCCUACUUACAAACCAUCUAUAGGCAUAAUUUCAUUCACUAUUUGUAAUUGAUAAUGUAUGACUUUUCUGAGAUGCAAAUUAUUAUAUCUGCAAUCCAAAUCGCAGAAUAAGUUAUGCAUUUAAUAUAAUUAUUCUCUUUUUGAUGAUUUUGAAGAUUCUUUGCUUAAAUAAAAUGAUAAAGUUUUCAGCCUUACUUUGUAUGUUCAUAAGUAGGCAGGCAAGAAAACUGUUCAAUGAACUAUGUGUAAUUCAUUGAAUUACAAAUGAUACCGUUUCAAUGUUAUACUAAUACAGGAUUUAGAGUAUGUAGUGCAAGUGAGACUAUUACAUAUCAUAUACAUGAGGUAUCUAUGGAUGGCUGUUAAACAGCUAAAAAUAGAAUUAUAAUACUGAUGUUCCUGAACGCACCACAACACAGAAUAACAGGAGCAAAGGGACAGUAAUAAAACAAGCGGACUAGAUGAUCUUUAGAAUUAUAUAACCAGUUGUAGUCAAAG